AUGGACAACUUGAUGGGAUUCGCCAAGCAGGCGCUCAACCAGUAUCAGCAGGGACAGGGUAACAACCAGCAGCAGCAGCAGGGCGGCGGCAACCCGUACGAGGGCGGCGGGGACUCGUACGGCGGCGGACAGGGCGGUUUCGGAGGUGGACAGAACGAGUACGGCCAGCAGAGCGACUUUACGGGCGGGCGUAUGCACGCGGGACAGGGUGGAGGGGACUUUGGGAUUCAGGGUGGCAGCCAGUUCAACUCGAGCGACAACCGCCCGCCUGGCCAGUCGGGAGGAAUCGGCGGUUUCGCCAGCCAGUUCCUCAACCAGGACCAGGCCGUCCAGCACGCAUCGAACCACUCGGGCGAGGACUCGGGCAUGUUCUCCUCUGCGAUGUCGUUCCUCCAGAACCAGAACGACGACCCGAACAACCUCGACGAGCAAGGUCUCCAGCAGGCGCACCAGCAAGCCUACGGCCAAGGCGACUCGAGCAACAUGGGUGCCGACUCGCUCGGUGCUGCUGCUGCUCUGAACGCGCUCAAGAAGUUUACGAGCGGUCAGGGCGGGCAGCAGUCCGGCGGUGGAGGGAACUUCCAGUCGCAGCUCAUCGGGCAGGCCAUGAGCGAGGCCGCGCAGCUCUUCAACCAGAACGGCGGCGCCGCCGGCGGAGGCAAGCAGGAUGUCGUCAACUCGGCAGCUCAGACCAUGAUGAAGCUGCUGGUCAAGAACCAGGUCUCGGGUAUGGUUGGCGGCGGCUCCGAGGGAGGAAUGGGCCAGCUCUUCUCGCUCGCGCAGAAGUUCAUGUAA